AUGUCCCUGAAAGGAUUCCACGAGAACCUCAGCAAAACUACAGUCGAGAGCAUCCGUUCAGCAUUCAAGAAAAUGUGGGAGUUAUCAGAUGGUGAUACCUAUUGUGGCAAAUGGCACUUCAACGAGGCGAAACAGCACUGGGAAGGAAAUCCUGCCGAUUCUGCAGAUAUCUAUGAUGUGCUGUCGUCCAUCAAACAUAAGGCAAGUGCAGAGGGUGGAGAUCAGACUCACUCAAUGGUGAUGACGAAGGACUACAUGGAUCGGGCAUUCCGAUGGCACCAGGCUGCAUGUCCACUGGAUAUUGCCCUGCAGAUGAUUGACAAGGUGAUGAAUGGCGCUUGGCCGUCAGAUAUUUGUCUAGACUUAUAA